GACCUGCGAUUUGGUUGAAGUGGAUUCUGAGAACAAGAAGUCUCACCAGUUUUUGCUUUAGUUGCUUUUAGGUCUUCUUCGCACGCGAUGAUCGACUCCGAUGGCCGGAACUCCGACAAGGCAAGCGAUCUUCCUUGUCAACGUGAAGGCAAAAUCAGGGAAGAGACGAUGAAUAGACUCGCCGAUCGCCUGCCCCUCCUCAACCUGUCGGCCCUUGGCCAGAAGAUGAACGCCCUCAGCCGUUUCCUCUCCGACUCCAUCGAUCGGCGAGAUUCGAUCGACGAUGAUCAAAUUCGUAUGGUUUCCUCGACGAUUGCCUCUGCCGUCCAGGAGAUCAUUGUCAACGGUGCCGCUCUCGUCGCUUCCUCUCAAGUACUCAAUCCCUCCCUUUCAACUGGCGCCUCCCAACCGUGCAAUCCCUCCUCCACCGUCCGUGACGCCGAUAUGGUCGAUAGGUCCUCUCAACCUGUGCCGACGCCUCGUUUUCCCCACACUAGAUCAGGUAAUCCUCGGUCGUCCGUGCCCGUCGGCUGUUCCGAUCCGCCAUCCUCUGAUCAGGCAGCGGAGGAUGGGGAGGACUGCGACAUAGUAGAGAUUGACACGGCGGAGAUACUUGCGGAGCAUGCCCAUUUGUGCGAGAUAUGCGGCAAAGGUUUUAAGCGCGACGCCAACCUUCGAAUGCACAUGAGGGCUCAUGGGGACCGCUACAAGACCCUAGAAGCUCUAUCGAAGCCGGACCCGGAAUUUUGUGUUUCCAGUGGCCGUGAGGCUACUACAGGGAGGAGGAUUCUGUUCUCUUGCCCGCAUUCUGGGUGCAACAGAAACCGUGCGCACAAGAAGUUUCGGCCUCUGAAAUCGGUGGCGUGCGUGAAAAAUCACUUCAAGAGAAGCCAUUGCCCCAAGAUGUAUUCUUGCUACCGAUGCAACAAGAAGAGUUUCUCGGUGGUGGCCGACCUCAAGAGCCACCUCAAGCAUUGCGGAGAGAGCAGGUGGCGGUGCUCAUGUGGUACAACUUUUUCGAGAAAGGAUAAGCUUUUUGGCCAUGUCGCCUUGUUCGAUGGGCACAUGCCUGUGGUUGAAGUGGGCGUGAAGGAUGAACUGAAGAAAGAAGAUGUGAUAUUGGAAGAGGAUGAAGAAGAAGUGGAAGUAUCUGGAGUUGCCGAUAAUGCUGGAGAGGGUUUUGAUCCUGAAUUUUUUAAAGGUUUGAUGGAGGAUUUUGAUGACAUGGAACGUGAACAUCUAAAGUCCCUGCUUUAAUACCGCUAUGCCACAUACCAUGAAGGUGUGUAAUGUUUUUCCUAAGCUUGAAUUCUCAUCUUUGUAUUGAUCACCCUUUAUCCUGGUAACCUCUGAAGAUCUCCUAUCCUUUAACUUUCACUACAUUAUUGCUUUUGUAUAGUCUAAGCACUUGACAAUCACUUUUAUUUGGUUCUCGGGCGCCUGCAGUUUUCUGCAUAAUGUAUAAUGUUUCAGCUCCAUCUUUCUCUAAACGUGUGAAGUUAGUAGCAUAA